AUGACAUCCCAAGAGCGCACCCGUCAAAAGGGCAUACAAAUACAUCGUCCCGUUAUUUAUGGCAAUACUGCUAUACUGCUUUCGCCCGAAGAACGCCGGUCACUCGCCUCGCCAGAUCACACGCAUCGUUGGACAGUUGCUGUUCGGAGUGCUGCCUCAAAGGACAACUCCGAUCAAGUUGGUGGGAAGGAUGACAUCUCUCACUUCAUAAAACGUGUCUCGUUCAAGCUGCAUGAGACGUAUCCCAAUCCACUACGAAAUAUAGACGCGCCACCAUUUGAGGUCACCGAAACUGGCUGGGGCGAGUUCGAGGUACAGAUCAAGAUCACGUUUGUACAAGAAGCCGGAGAACGCACCAUAACGCUAUGGCACCAUCUCAAGCUUCACCCAUGGACGGCGACUGGCGUCGAUCCGACGGAGGCGCCGCCACCUGACGAGGCCGCACGUGCAGGUCCAGUGCACAGCUGGCAGUACGAUGAAAUCGUCUUCACCGAUCCAUUUGUGAACUUCUUGACGACGCUCGAGAUGCACCCGCCAACGCCACUUCCCAAGACAAGGAGGAAACCUGUACCUUUCCAUAUCAGCUUUGCGACGCAAGAAGCGCUCGCUGCCAGCAAAGGUGGUGUUCCCGAGUUCAAUAUGCAAAUGGCUGUGGACGAGCGGGCGAGGCUGAACGCCGCCACACAAAAGGCGGGUGCUAUGCGAGAGCAGAUACUGAAUCAACUGGCGGAGAAGGAAAGAGAACUUGAGCAACUGAGGCGGCAGCUUGAAGAAUGA